AUGAAGAGCCCGCAGAGAACUAAACAAGAAGCAAGAAACGAUAAGGAGUACACUCCAGAACAUCAGAACCCGUAUUUGUUCAACAGACUUGUUCGUUGUCCAAGCCAAGAUAAGUCAUUAGCUAAAUUCCGGCAGUUGAAAGACUGCGUUCCUUUCAUAGAACACAAUGCGAGACAUAGCACUAGAACUACUCCACUAAUAGCCAAUGCUUAUACGACCAAGAUAUCUCACUACCGAGUGAUGAUAUCUAGUUGGACUGCAAUUAGAUUGUGUGUCUUGCUGGUACUGUUGCAUUGGACCAGCAUAGUCAGUGGCUCGAAUAUGGAAAUAUAUCAGCCGGGUUUGCCAAGUUCAGGGGAGAUACUUAAAUCUCUAAAAAAUGCUGGGUUCAGAUGGCAGUUCUAUGACACGAAACCUCGUGUUGUAUUCUGUUCUUCAGAGGAAACUCCGGAAUCUACACCUACUCCAGAUGCUACUGAUAAUACAAACCCAAAUCCAACCCAACCUAACUCUACACCGAACUCAGCACUUAGGUAUGCGGUACAUUUUUCAAGCAUGCACCUUUGUUAUACACUACCAUCUUAUCCAAAUGCAUCUGCAAUGGUAUUGGACACGUUAAAAAGGAUUACAGUGAUUAAGGUCAAAAAGGUUAAGAUUACGUAUGCUAGAGUCCAACUAAAGCACCUUAAAGAGCGUUUGGUGCUUCUAUGCCGACUUCUUAACCUAUUUGAGUGUAAAAGUCUGGAACUUGUAGUUAAUUCCUAUAAGAGCAUGGAUAAAUAUAAAGGUGGUUUUGAUUUAGAUAGGGAACGGAAAGAAGCUGAAGAUACAAUUAAAUGGGCUGGCUCGGCGCCAUUUCAUUUGAUUAUUAAUUCAAAUAUACCACCGGAUGCCCAUCUAAAGCAUAUAUUUAGUGGCCUCGUUAUAUUGCGACCUGUUUCAGAUAUCAGUUUGCCUAGCAAGUACGCCCCAAAUAUCUCUGGAUACCUCGAGUCUUUAUCACUCACAGAAGAUCCCUCCCUCACAAUUUGCUAUUUCGAAGGAAACAUUCAGAUUGACUUGAAAGCCAUUAAAAGAGCUGCUCAUAAAUGCUCCAUAAUCAUCUUCGAUAUUCGCGAAGUUAGUGACCCAGUAAUAACCGGACUUGAGGAAGAAGUAUCUGCAAACGAUAUAGCUAUAACUCUAGCUGCAGAGUGGUCUAGUAUUCAACACAUUGUAAUGCACAAUAAGUCUUCAGUCAAUGUUCAUGCUUUGUUAUACAAUCCUUGUGGCUCGGAGUUGCUUAAGUCAUUAAUUCAAAUCGUCAAGGUCAACGAGGUGCCUGAAUCCCGUAUCACUUCCAACAAAGCUAUUCUAUUAAUCCCGAAGUGUGACUCUUGUGAUUCCCCGGCGUAUUACAAGAACGUGCUAACCUUGAACACCUUUGCUAAAUGUGGCAUUACUGUUAAAGACAUCGAGUUUGAAUAUGAGAAUGAUCGAAACGACCUGUUUACACACCUAAAGGAGCUUUGCGAGAUCAAUGCUUUGUCAAGGAUUCCAGCGGUUUUUGCUGCUAAGAAUAUUGUGUGUCUUGGCCAUGCACUUAGUGACCCUUGUUGGGAAAUUGAAGAACCAGUCAAUAUCAGACUCAUCAAGUUCGGUCCCUGGCCUGCCUGUCAGAACAUACGCUACACAACACUUAGUAUUAGUGGUGAUAAAAAUCCUAAUCUGAACUAUGUUGAAAACUGCCAUACUAUUCUAAAUAAGCUACGAAGCAUCAAUGCGCAAAAUCUUCGUAUCUCAAAUGUGCGUGAUUGUCCUCCAACCGACACCAACUUUGACAUGGCCAAGUUAAAGUACCGUUUAGCUAAUCUUCUAAGAUUCGACCUCAACGUCGAGACUUUGAUUCUAGACAAUGUCGAUGAUUGCAUUUUAUACCGGAUGCUAGGCUGUUAUGACUUUACUUGCUCAAAACUAACCGAAAUUCAUCUCCUAAAUCACCGCUUCACUAGUCUUGCUAUCGCCCAAAUACUAACCCUUCCUAUGGCUAAAAAGAUCUCCAAACUCGUAAUCAAUCGCAUCACUCGUUUAAAUGAGAUCAAGCAUUUCCACCAACGGAAGGAAUUGAUUGAGUUCUCACUGUUUAACUAUCUCGAAAAGCGUAAUGGGAAGAAAGAAGCUGAAGAGAUUGACCUCCACAAACUCGUUCUACGCCCAGAACCCACCAUCUUUGACUCGUAUAAGACACCCUUACAAGCUCUCAGAGAUCGUGGUGUCCAAGUACUAACCUCGUCUGAUAAAUACAGCACUGAUCCGCCUUUCCCCACCCAACCUCACAUGGUAGAUAUGAAAGAGUUUACUUAUUACACUACUACCUUUGAUGCCUUAAAAGCCGACCUUGCUAUGUACCAAUCCACUUCUCUCACUCAACCCAACCCAACUCUAACUCCAAUUCCAAACCCAGUCCAUCCUGAUUCCAUUACUACUAUGUUCUUGCGCAUUAGUGACGCCCAUUCCCUAACUAGGACGGACUUGAAUACUAUUAUCCGCUGGAUAGGUUGCCGAUUCAAAAGUCUAACCUCGCUCUGGCUGGCCAACUGUAAACUGGUCGAAGAAGACCGAAAGAUCUUGGCUUCGUGCACAUGUAUAGCCAGAGGUCUGCGCUGUCUUUGGUCCAUUCAGAUAGAGGAUGCCACUCCCGGCAAAGACCCACUUGAGCUACCAUUACAUCCCUAUUAUAACAAGCUGUUAGCAAUUACUUCAGAUCCUAUGCCCACACCCACCGCCGUAUCAUAUAAGGUGUUGUCUCAACUUUACACCCAUUGUGACAAAAUUGAGGAACAUAUCCUCACUUACAAGGACAUCAACGCAUCUCUUCGAGCCAUCAUAGAUGUCCUCAGGAAAGAAAAGGCGGCUGGUCGUGUGUUUAAAUGCCCAUAUUGUCAUAGAUCCCUUUGUAUGCCAUCAGAAGAAAAGAAUGAUAACGAACCAGAUACUAAGAAAUCCAAGGUUUGUUUCGACCCAAGCACAAACUUCGAGGCAGUUUGCUAUCUCAAUUGUAAACAGCUACUCUGCAUCCAUUGUGUUAAUUUAACUUCUAACUCACACAUUGAUCGGUGUUUGAUUUGCAAAGGUUCAAAUACUAACCCAUAUAUCUUCAUGCGACUUACAAGCGUUCCUUCACCACUCUUUAUCUUCCCUAAUAGUAGUGCCAACGACUACACUAUUGAUUUCGUGUACCCCCAAACCUUAUCGUCAAAAGACAGCUGCUACUACUUCUACUUGCCCUAUAAGAGCAUAGAGUCUUUAGAUAUUGACCUUUACAAAGAACAUUUGAGCUGUAUUUUCUCCUGA